AUUAAAAUAUUAUUAUAACGAACAUAAGUUCGUUGUGUUAGCUAGCAAAGUUAAAACCGUUAAAAAUUCAAAACAACCCUGCUGCAAUUAAAAAAUAUGCAACAAGUUGUUAUUGUUGCCAGUAGCAACGAUUUUGUGUUUCCAGGACAACCUUAAAAGGUAUACAAAUGCCUUUCUUGGAAACUAAUAUAAAAAAUUAAUCAGUGAAAAAGUGUAGUGCUAAAUUAAAAUGAAAUUAAAAACGCAUAUCUGUAAAAAGACUCCUACCAAUUUAAAUGGUGAUUAUCUCACACAAAACUCGACAUCAAAAUCAGCCACGGCUAAAGAAAAUAGUAACAAUGAAAAAUCUUUGGAUAUUUUACCUUUAAGCUGUGUAGAUUGGAGCAGUAAUGAUGAUAUUUAUUUUGUAAGUGAUGAUCAUCAGAUUUACAAAUGGAGUUCUGCUACCCGAGAUUCUUUGGAGGUGGCCAAAUUACCAGAGGAUUUUAUACCCACUGAUUUACACUGGCUGUUAUUGGGUGGUCGUGGUAGUGGUGGGGGCAAGGGUAGUGAUACCUUGUUAAUUAGUAGUAAUGAUGGCAGGUUUAUUAUUUUAAAUAAAAGUUCUCGCGUGGAGCGUAGUAUAUCAGCUCAUACAGCGGCCAUAAGCUCAGGCAGAUGGAGUCCGGAUGGAGCAGGUUUAUUAACUGCGGGAGAAGAUGGAGUCAUUAAAAUCUGGUCUAGAUCUGGUAUGUUGCGUUCUACCAUUUUGCAAAGUGAUGAACCCAUACGUUGUGCUCGUUGGUCGUCAAAUUCUUCAGCUAUUGUAUUUUGUCAGGGUGGACAUAUAUCGGUGAAACCUUUAGCAGCUAAUAGUAAAUUAAUAAGGUGGCGUGCUCAUGAUGGUUUGGUCUUGUCUUUAAGUUGGUCUGCCCAAUCAAAUAUAAUAGCUUCCGGGGGUGAGGAUUUUCGUUUUAAAAUUUGGGACUAUCAAGGAGCAAACCUUUUCAUAAGUUCACCUGAAGAUUAUGCCAUUACCUCAGUGGCUUUUAAUCCAGAAAAAGAUGUCUUACUUGUAAGCACCUUCAAUAUGCUAAAAUUAUGCUCUAGUGCAGGAUGGACUUAUAGUACGGCCCGUUUUAAUGAACCAUCAGUGGGUUCAUUUCACACACUCUCUUGGUCUGCAGAUGGCACACAAGUGGCAUGUGGUACUUCUACUGGACAACUUAUCGUUGGCUAUAUUGUACAAAAACAAUUGAUAUCGAAAAAUCUAAAAGCCACUACUACUGGUCGCAAAUCCAUACGUCUUGAGGAUAUUGUCAAUAGCACCAGUGAUGUUUUGGAGUUUACCGAUCGUGUCAUUAAUUUUGGUUUGGGUUAUGGUCACUUAAUUGUAGCCACGUCUAAUCAAAUACAUAUUUACAAUGAGAAAUAUAUAAAUACACCGAUCAUUAUAGAUGGUCGUACCGAUGUUCGAGUCAUUGAAGUGGGAAAGAAAUUUUUUAUGGUUCUGGACUCUACUUCAAUUUGGGUUUAUACUUUCACCGGUCGUUUGCAUCUUAAUCCCCGAUAUCCGGGUUCUCAAGCUCAGAUACCAAUGCUAAAUGCACGUAGUAUUUCAUUGGGCUUGGAUACCUUGGUAAUAAGAGAUAAUUCUGAUAACACAACCUUGCAUAUUUUUGACCUUAUACCCGGAGCUACCAGACAGUACGAACCAUUUUCUCUUAAAGCUAAAACUCAAAUAGCAGAAAUCGCAGCCUGUCGGGCCGGCACUGUUGACGAUCAAUUUGUGGUCAUGAUUGACCAUAACCGGGAGCUCUAUAUAACGGAAACUCGAAACUUGAACGGCAACACUGAACGCACUAACAUAGCAGGAAUUUCGGGAGCUACCACAGGAGAAGUCUAUAAAAUAGGCACCCAACUAACGGCAGUAAAAUGGGCCAGUGAAUCAAAUAUUUUAGUAGGAGUACAUGAUGCCUGCUAUAGUAUAUGGUAUUGUCCAGGAGAGGGAGCCACAGAUCCCACCAUAAUUGCUUUGACUACAAUAACAAUAGAUGCGACGGAGUUUGGCAAAAAUAUUGUCAUCGAAAGUUUCGAAGAUGCCAUUGUUACCUUUCGUUGCUCGGGCGCUUUACUACCCAUUAGUAUUAAUAUGUAUUGUGAGAUCUUACAUCGCACUUUAAUGGAGUCACAGUGGCAACAAGCUUUGAAAAUAUGUCGCAUGGCUCAAAAUGCUUAUCUCUGGGCCACUUUGGCUGCUGUAGCCACUCGAAAGAAUCAAUUGCAAAUCAGUGAAGAAGCUUAUUCGGCUGCCUUACAAAUCGAUAAAGUAAGCUACUUGCAGUAUAUCAAAACUUUGGAUCCCUCCAGCCCAGACUAUAUGGCUGAAAAUUCUUUAAUGUUGGGUAGACUUAUCGAAGCGGAAACUAUUCUAAUACAUAAUCGUAAAUAUCGAGAAGCUGUUGGUCUCUGUUUACGCAUGCAUAAUUGGCGUAAAGCUUUGGAAAUUGCUCAAAAACAUGAAAAUGAUCUAAUGGAAUUGGUUUUGCAACAGCGUAUAAAAUAUUUGAAGGCUUUGGGUAGAGAUGAAUGGGAUACAGUGUUUUUAAGUUUAGAUGUUAAAGACAACAAUCUGAGUGAAUGAAUUGGAUUGAAAUUAAAAAUAUUAAAAAAUACUAAAUUUCUUUACGAUACUUUA